AGCACAUGCAUUGCAAAUACAGUAAACACUGUCAGGACUUGGUUCUAUUUUUUAAGCUAUUUCUGGAACUGCAACGGAAACUAUUGGUAUAUUAGAAUGGCUAAACAAGCUUCCUCGAUUACCGAAGUGGUGAAACAAAUGGCACAGCAGCAACAAACUAAAGCUUCUGAAGCAGAUAAAAGCAGAAAUGUGCAAAGCCAAUUUCAAACUAAAAUUAACGAGCUUCAAACAGACCUGAGAUCAGUUUUACUGGAAACAAAGGCGGUUGAAAAAAUGAUUUCCCACGAGGAAGACACAAUAGAGAAUUUAAUACGUCUCUGUGGAAUCCUAAAGGCCCAGAAUCACUCAAUUUAUGCUGAGAGCAUUAGGCUUAAACUCAACUUGGAAACGCAAAAAGAAGAUUUGGAAGCUAUCUUGUCGAGAAAUAAUGCAUAUCGUGCAAAAAUUGAGGAUAACAUCAGAUGCCUUUUGGAAGCAGAGAAUACAUUGCCAGUCAUGACUGAGCUUAUUAAUAAAAGAGACGUGCUCAGAAUGCUCAAGCGGCAGAAGGAGAAAAUGAUUCAAGACCUACAUAACCCAGAGAGCAUAGCAAUAAAACAAGUGCAGGGAGAAAUUGCGUAUUUAGAGGAGAAACUAAAAGAAGUUAAGCAGUGCAUAACCUUAAAAAACAAGGUUUAUGAUGAAGAAAAAGAAAGACAUGAUGGACUUCAGAAAGAAAUAGAGGUACAAAAAAGGAGAUUUGAUGCCAUCUUGAAGCGUCUGCACAGUCAAAUAAAUAAGGCCAAGAUGAACAGGAGACAGUACCAAUGGCAGAUUGAUCAGAUGGAGAAAACAGCAACAGAUCUUAGACAAAAACUUGAAACCAUGAAGUUCUGAUACAUUAGGGUAGUUAUGUUUCUGGAAAAGAUUUGAAUGUUUAACUACUCUUGCAAAAUCACAAAAGUCCCGUUAUAAAUUCAGCCACUUUGCACCGUG